AUGUCAUUAUUCAAAGGUCCAGGAUUCAGCCGCUCUGGCGGCGGUCAAAAACCGCACUACGGACGGACAGGUAGUGGUCAGACACCACAUUCUGGACGUAGCGGAGGUGGUCAAGGUGGUCAAUACAAUCCACAACAACCGAGACCAUACUCAAGGGGCAUGAGAGGAGGCGAAGGACCAAUGGGACAAGGCAACUACAAUCAACCCCCACCUCCACCUCCCCCACUCAAUGCAUCAACCGGCGCCCCUAACUUAGGUGGUACUGCCUACCAACAAUCCAGCCCUAUCAUCCAACAUAUGCAACAACAACAAUACCCUCCUCCAUUACCAAACCACAACCCUCGGCAACGAAAUAUACCGUAUCAUGCCCAGAUGGGUAAUCGUUUUCCUACUCCUGGUGCUGGGGGAAAUCCUAUGGGUGAGGGGAUGGGUGGUGUAGGUGGAAUUGGCGGUGUAAGUGGCAUGGGAGGUGGAUAUGGUUCUGGAAAUGCUAUGGGUGAUAUGGGUGGUGGGAGAAUGGGUGGAGGCGGUGGGGAUCCUCGAAGAUAUUGGGCUCCGAAUUCGAAUGCGGGGAAGUUUAACCAUUUAUUACAGAAGCCCAGGAAUGUUGGGGGAAGGACGGGAAGAAUAUGA